AUGGAUUCGUCGUGGUUUUCGUCGCCCUUUGCGCUGCUGUUUACUACUCUGAUCGUCAUCGGCAUCCUGAAGGCUGUCGCCGUGCUGCAUCGUGUAGUUUUUUUCUGGAAGAAUAAGGGCGUGCCUUAUGUGCCAAAUUCGCUAUCGUCUUUUUUAACGAGUUUGAAAGCGUUUCUGGGUAGCAUCAGUAUUGUCGAUUAUUGGCAGUUUUUAUACGAUUAUCACCCGAAGGCUAAAUAUGUUGGAAUGAUGGAGUUUAACACACCUUGCGUGAUACUGCGCGAUCCCGAGCUGAUCCGAGACGUCGUGAUGAAGGAUUUCGAACACUUCCCGGAUCACCGCAGUUUUGUCGACAAACAAUUGGAACCGCUGUUGGGCAAGAACGUCUUCGCCCUGCGCGGUGAUCGUUGGAAGGAAAUGAGGCAUACACUGAGUCCCUCUUUCACCGCCAGCAAGAUGAAGUUCAUGUUCAAUCUAAUAUCGAAAUGCUGUAAGGACUUUGUUGAUUAUUUGGUCGACCAUCCGGAAAUCUGUCAUGCGAUCGAGACAAAGGGGGCCUUCAGACGAUACACCAACGAUGUGAUCGUCAACGCGGCUUUUGGCAUAAGCGUAAACUCCACGAAGGAUCAAGAUAACGAGUUUUACACGAGAGGCGUCGAAGCUAUCAAAUUUUCUAGUGGUUUGAAAUCAAUCGCCAAAUUCAUAUUUAUGCGUACGUGUCCAAGGGUCGCCAAAUUGAUGGGUAUGACUAUAUUUCCGUCGGCUAUGUCCAAGUUUUUCAAAACUGCCGUGGGGGAGACCAUCAAAGCGCGGGAGGAGCAAGGUAUCGUCCGACCGUAUAUGAUCCAUUUACUAAUACAAGCUCGGGACAAGAAAGACGAUGAUGACAAGAUGACCUUGGACGACAUCAUCUCGCAGGCUUUCUUCUUUUUCUUGGCCAAUUUCGACACGACCUCGACGCUGGUGUGCUUCGCCGUUCACGAACUGGCGGUUAAUCAAGGCAUUCAAGAUCGCUUGCGCGAGGAGGUGCGACAGCAUCUCGCCGAAGGAAACGGCGAGAUCUCCUACGACUCCCUGAUGAAGAUGACUUACAUGGACAUGGUGAUUUCCGAAACUCUCCGAAAGUAUCCACCGUUGAUCGUAGUCGACAGACUUUGCACUAAGAGAUACGAACUACCGCCAUCGCGACCGGGAUGCAAGAACUUUAUCGUCGAGCCUGACAAUGUACUGAUGCUUCCCGUUUACGGUUUACAUCAUGAUCCGAAAUACUUUCCAAAUCCGAACAAGUUCGAUCCCGAAAGGUUCAGCGAGACGAAUAAAGAUAAUAUUUUACCGUAUACUUAUCUGCCGUUCGGUCACGGACCCAGGAAAUGUAUCGGCAAUCGAUUUGCUCUCAUGGAGACGAAAAUUCUGAUAGCUUAUCUUUUGCAAAAGUUCACUAUAAAAACUACGGAAAAAACCAUCGAACCUGUCAUUUUCACCAAAAAAGAGUUUGCGUUGCAACCUGCUGAUGGAUUUUGGGUCGAGUUGGAGAAGAGAGAAAUGUGAAAACCUACGAUAUUAUAUGUUUGGAAAAUUAUUGCUGCUUUUAAAGGUGUUGCAAUACACGUAUGUACUUUGAUUGAUGCUUGAAGUGUACAAUAGAGACUUAUUUGCGACAUAUUACAUCAUUGUUAUUAUAUAUAAAACAAAUGCUAAAGUCGAAUGACCAAGUUUUUAUUAAUAAUUGGAAUUAAAAAAAUAUUAAAGGACAAAUAUCGUGACUUGUAUAAAUUCUCGGAUCUAUUCGGCCGUGUUAAUUAAUUGUUUUUAAUUAUUAUUAUACAUAUAUAACUGUAUUAUUGUGUAUCAUUUACGCAUUUAUAAUAUUUUGUCGAAAAUAAUGUUUAAAUAAUUUUUUAAAUAGGCUUUUUCAAGUUUUCAUAAGUAAGCGUUUGUUAUAUUAAUUAUAUAAUAGAUAUAUGAUAAGUGCAGUAUAUAAGAGAAGAAUACAAUUUAUAUUUAAUUAAUGCAGAAUGCGCAAGUAAUCCAUAGAUUGUUAUUUACACGAACGCGUAAUAAAAAAUUUAUAUAUA